AUGGGGUUCUCGCUAACUAUCGUGUCCCUACUUCACUCGGCCAUCGCCGGUCUCCCCCACGUCAACCAGCUCAUCACCACUUUCCUCAGACCAGGCCGAUUUCUCUCCAUCAGCGAUGCCUGCAGAUUUAACUCUAUCGAGCUACUAGACUGGAUCUGGGACUUCAGUUGCACUUCAGUUCACGCCAGGACGAGAGAAUGGUCGACCCACAACUACCUCCGCACUGAUGUUUACUAUCACUGCUACCAGUUCGGGAAGGCGUUGCUCUAUGCUACCAAAGAAGGCAACUUGGAGCUGGUCAAGUGGCUCUUUACCCACUUUUCGGGUUGCAUCGCACCUGCGGAUGUGGUGGAAGUCGCCGCCCGCAAUGGAUUUCACGACAUUUUGAAGUGCCUACUUGACCACGACGCCGGGCGCUUUGGACCUCACCUUAAAUACCGAGACGACGAGAACUCGAAGAUAGACUGCGAUGUUUCAGUGGGCAACGCUGUCACCUGGAGCACGUGCUGUGUGGUGAAUGCCAUCAAAUAUAAACACUUUGAGCUCGCCCAGUGGCUGAUCAACAGUACCCCGCGGCCAUUCGAUGAGGAAGAAGUGGCGAGUUUCAUCAAUGCUGCUUUAUGGCACGAAAACACGGAGCUGGCCGAGCUGUUGGUACCGGGAGGUCGGAGUCUGCUAGAGUACGCUCGGAAGAAUCCCAACCUCCGGACCAUCGAGUGGAUGCUCGCGUGUAAGUAUCUACGACGAGAGGAAGACAUCGACCCGUGGCAUAUCCUGUUUCUUGCCCGGCAAGAUCGGUUGGAUCUGAUGCAGCAGGUUUGGGAGCUUUACACUGCAGAUCGCAAACGUAUCGACAUGAAUCUGUGGGUUGGCCAUUGGCACGCAGCGAUGCUUGCCGCAGCUUGCCGUGGAAAUUUGCUGAUGGUGAAGUGGCUGGCAGAGCAAACAGUUGGGCGAGAGAUUUGCGCAAGUAAAAUGAAAUAUUCGCUGUUGGAUAUGGUCUGUGAGGCAGCGGAACGAGGCCAGUUUCCCGUGGCAGAAUAUAUCAGGCGACAAGGCGAGCUCAAACCUUCCGACCCCUGGAAACACUGGAAUCAAAUCCUCCUCGCGAUCCGAAAAGGGCGUGUGGACUUAGUGAAGUGGCGAUUGGAGCUCACUACGCAUAUUUGGGGUCUCUCUCCUAUUGAUACUAUCGAAGAAGCGGCUGCGUGGGGACAAUUGGAGAUGUUGGAGUAUUUCCACGGCCUCAACAUGUCGAAAAAGUUCAUUUCACUGCCGCAACCACAAACAAGACAAGUCAAACGACGAGGCGUUUUCACGCACGAAGCCAUCGUAAACGCUUUUCGCCGCGAAAAAGUUGGGGUCGUGUCGUGGCUCCUACACAACUUUCCCGACCUGGCGCCAAUCAAAGUCGAUUUCUGGUAUAAAGGGUGCUCGUUCGAGAUGCUGCUCUUGUUGCGCGAACAUUGUCCGUUUGUCUUCACGAAGGACUUCAUUAUGAAGAAUGUCGAGUCUCGUUUGGGGAACGAUAAAACCACCCACGAGAUGGACGUCAUCGGAUGGCUACUGAGCCAGUUUCCUGGUGAAACUAACUUCGCGCUUCUGUGGGAGGGUCCAGACGACCUGCUCUCGCACUUGCUAGAGUAA